AUGAAUUCUAUUCGUGGCGUUCUCAUAGAUCUAUCUGGGACCCUGCAUGUUGGAGAUAAAGCUUGCGAAGGUGCCGUUUCCGGCCUAAAAAAACUUCGGCAAGCCGCAAUUCCUUUUCGGUUCUGUACCAAUACCACGAAAGAAAGUUGUUCAACUCUUUUAAGAAAACUAUCGAAAAUGGGCUUUGAAGUCCAUCGGAACGAGUUUUUUACUUCUCUAACCGCAAGUCGAAAUUUGAUCUUGUCGCGCGGCCUAAGGCCGUUGCUAUUUCUCGAAGACGACGCGUUAGAGGAUUUUCAAGGGGUAUCCACUGAAGAGCCCAAUGAUGCCAUUGUGAUUGGCUUAUCGCCAACUAAUUUUCAUUAUGAAAUGCUUAACAAGGCCUUCCGCAUUUUGAUCAAUAAUAAUAAUGCUUCUUUGAUCGCUGUCCAUAAGGGAAAGUAUUAUGCCGAACAGGACGGUUUAAGUUUAGGACCUGGAGCAUUCGUCGAAGCGUUAGAGUAUUCUAGUGGGAUCAAAGCUGCUGUUGUUGGCAAACCGGAAAAGAUUAUUUACGAACAGGCAAUUGAAGAUAUGGGACUUAAAGAGGAGACAAAGCGUGUUGUUAUGAUCGGAGAUGACAUCAUGCAAGAUCUUGGGGCUGGUACGAAAGAAUUGGGUAUGAUCAGAUAUCUUGUUAAAACUGGUAAGUAUCGAAAUGGGGAUGAAUCCCUUGACUCCACCAUUGAUGGUGUUUUUGAAAACUUUGAGAAAGCCGUGGAUAAGAUAGUGGGUGGAAAUAUUUCUUAG